AUGACAUCCGGCGCAAAAUUCAGAGACGCAGACGGCGGCGUUUAUCUAGCUGAACGAUUUGGCCCGACACUGUUUCCACUGAAGCUUGACGACCCAGCUUGUGGACAAACAGUCGCACAGUCAAGAUGCGCGGGAUUUAUUCAUGGCAAUUCCUUCGCGAACUUUUCCCUCCCGGGCCCAAAUUUACAGACAAGGAUUUACCUGACCUUUCUAGCAAGGCGAGUGUGGCAGCUGAACCGGGCUAUCCCAGGUUGUAGGCGAGAGGAGAGGCGUCUGGCUGACAUUUCCAUGCCUGAAAAGGUUUUUGUGAUCACAGGCGGUGCUGUGGGAAUCGGAUUCGAAACUGCCAAGCUGGUCUAUGCCAAGAGUGGAAAUGUCUACAUUGCAGGGCGCAAUAGACCUAGAAUGGAAGAGGCUAUUGCUGCUCUCAAGCAGGAGUAUCCAGAGUCGCAGGGUCGACUCGGCUUCUUUAGCCUCGACCUCGCUGAUCUCGCUACGAUUAAGCCCGCUGUCGCGGAAUUCAUAGCUAAGGAAAAUAGGCUGGAUGUUUUAUUCUGCAAUGCAGGUGUCAUGGUUCCGCCAGCAGGGAGCAAGACAGUCCAGGGCUACGAACAACAGCUGGGGACGGCCGCUGCAGAAGCCCCAGGGGCAGUCCGUGUCGUCUGGGUGUCCUCUUCUGCGACGCACACCGGUCCUCCUGGAGGGAUCUUCUGGGAUGACAUGAACAAUGACUCCGGCAAGGCCUCGCAGCUCGACUUGUACUCCCAAUCCAAAGUCGGCAUGUCAUUUCUCGCCUCAGAAUACGCGCGCCGAAACAAGCGCGCGGGCAUUGUCUCGGUAGUUAUUAACCCUGGCCACUUGAAGACCGACCUCAUGCGGCACAUGUCAUCUUUGAUGGUGUGGAUCAUGAACACCUGCUUCUUGUACGAUCCUGUAUACGGUGCUUACACGGAAAUUUUUGCCGGGCUUAGUCGAGAUGUGAGGGUCGAGGACGGCGGCCGUUACAUAAUGCCCUGGGGACGAUUUGGUCUUUUCAAGGAUGACGUGGCAGCUGCGAUGAAGUCAAAGGCAGAGGGGGGCAGCGGAGGUGCUGAGAGAUUCUGGGGCUUCUGUGAAGCAGCCACAAAGUCGUAUCAAUGA